UUUUAAGGAAUUUGAUAUGUCCAAUGCAACCAGCAGAAAAAUACAAACCCGUGGGAAAAGGAGAUAAAGGCGGAACUUUCUCUCUGUCAUCUCCUUUGUUCCUUUGUUCCAUCCUGCUGCGAUAAGGACGCAUUACCUCACACAGGGACAGGGAAGCCAGUCGACGGCAAUUUCAGACGGAGAAAGUCAACGAGCGGAGGCGCAGGAAUGACACUCCCGACCAAACCCCUCGUACUUAAGCGCUUCCUCCUCUCCCUCUUCUUCUCUGCUGCCCUCCUCCUCCUCCUCUUCCUCCGCCAACCCCACAAAUCCGUACCCAUCAGAGACCGGAAAACCGACUCCGACGGGCUCAAAAUUCGACGGGGAUACACCUCCUACGACUCCUACAUUCAACGCCAACUCAACAAAACCCUCAACCCCAAAUUAAGACAAAUAUGGAAAACCCGUGACUGGGACCGCAAAGUUCUGGUCUUUUCCAGCUUUUUCCAGGUUUUGAAGAGCGAGAAGCUUCUCUCCAAUGCGUCGCGCUCCCUCUGCAUCGGGGCGCGCGUAGGACAGGAAGUCGAGGCGUUGAAGCGCGUGGGCGUGGCGGAUUCCGUCGGCAUCGACCUAGUGCCGUGUCCGCCGCUAGUGAUAAAGGGAGACUUCCAUAACCAACCGUUUAGAAACGACACAUUUGAUUUCGAAUUCUCGAACGUGUUCGACCACGCGUUGUACCCGCAGCGGUUCGUGGCGGAGAUCGAGCGGACGUUGAAGCCAGGCGGGAUUUGCGUGCUGCAAGUGGCGUUGUUAAAGCGGGCGGAUAAGUACUCGGCGAACGAUCUAUACAGCGUGGAGGCGUUGGUGAAGCUGUUUACGAGAUCGGAGGUGGUUCGCAUUCGGAAAGUUGACGGAUUCGGGCUGGAUACGGAGGUGGUUCUUCGGAAGAAAAUGUGAACCGGCGGCCGUUAUGAUUUUUUUUAUUGUUAUUAAUUUUUUUAAUUUUUUUUCUAUAGGUUGGUGAAGGUGGGUCCGCCUUGGGGCGCGCCUUAAACUUAGGGUAGGUGAUCAUUUCAUUAAUUUGUUGGUUGUACUCAAUUAAUCCCCCCUUUAGCUGUCAAAAAUUUUCCUUUAUACUUAUAAAAAAAAUUUACCCAA